CGGCGGCGGCGGCGGCGGGGCCGAAGAUGGAUGUCCAGCGGAGCCGCUUCCCCCACUGCGUCGUGUGGACGCCCAUCCCCGUGCUGACUAACCCGGCACAGACCCUCCAACGCCCCCGAUUCUCCCCCAGGGACCCAGCAGAGACCGUCCAGCAGCUCUGACCCUCUCCACCUCUCACCCUCCCCCCGUGACCCCCUCACGGACCAUCCGGCACCACUGAUUCUGCCUCUCUCCGUCCCUGGCUCUCUCCGGUGACCCAGCAUGGACCAUCCGAUAUUCCCAGCUUUUCCCGCGGUGAUCCGGCGCAGAUCAUCCUGCCCUCCAACUCACCUCUCCGUCCCCGAUUCUCUCCCAGUAACCCGUCGCGGACUCACGUCCCACACCCUCUCCAUUCUGUCCGUGUCCCCCGUGACCCGGCGCAGAACAUCCAACACCCCCUCUCAUCUGAAUUGUACUUUCCAAGUGCUGCGCACCCAGUGGUUUUUCCCCAUCAUCGGCCACAUGGGCAUCUGCACGUCGACGGGCAUCAUCCGGGACUUCGCGGGCCCGUACUUUGUCUCCGAGGACAACAUGGCCUUCGGAAAGCCUGCGAAGUACUGGAAGCUGGACCCGAACAAGGUGUACGUCAGCGGCCCCAGCGCCUGGGACACGGCCGUGCACGAUGCGUCUGAAGAGUACAAGCACCACAUGCACAACCUCUGCUGUGACAACUGCCACUCGCACGUGGCGCUGGCCCUGAAUCUAAUGCGCUACGACAACAGCGCCCGCUGGAACAUGGUGAAGCUGUGCCUCUACUGCCUGCUCUACGGGAAGUACGUGAGCCUCGGGGCCUUGGUGAAGACCUGGCUCCCCUUCCUCCUCUUCCUGGGCGUCGUCUUGACCGUCACCCUGACGCUCCACCUGCGGUGAUGUCGCCGCCCCGCAGCCCCGGCGGGGCCCAGAGGGAGACGUCGGCCCCCGCCACGCCCCGCGGGAGGAAGGACAGAACUCCGGGGAUGCCCCUGGUGGUCUGGACGUUGGUCCCCGAGCGGAAGGGACUCCCUGAUGGGUUGUCCUACAGCCCGUCGUCACCCCCUUUGCCCUUUAGCCAACCUCGCCCACCUGAAAGAGUGUCUUCCCAGCCCCCACCCUAGGAGCUCUCCCCGGUAGUAGGGUGUCCUUCUCCUCCCCGCAAACCCACCCACCUGACGUCGCCCGGCCCGCCGAUCUGCCUCGGCGGUGCCCGGCCCACCCCCCGAGUCUGUGAGCGGAACCCGCCCUCUCGGCCCUCCGGAUCCGGUCCGGUCCCCUCACUCGGCCCACCGGCCCCGGCCAUCCCCUCCCCAUCCCUGUCCGGAGCUCCCAGCCCCUGGACCAGCGUGGUUCAGCCCACCCCCAGGCGCCAGGACCACGUCCCUAGUCCCACCCAUCGGCUCCUCAGCUCGUCCCGCCCUUCCCCCCGGGCAGGGGUCAGCUCCCUCCCUGCCGGGGGCUGGGCCGCAUCUGCCCCAUGCAGGUACUUCAGCCGGGGGUGGAGCUAAUGGGGGGCCGGUAGCCUCAGAUCACCCCAACUGUGACUCCCUCUCUCCUCACCGCCCUUGCCAAAACAUCAAGCCAAAUUGGCUCCUCGCGGGCCUGGCGUCCCCGGACACUUGACCCAGCACCCCCGGCCCUUGAACUGCCCAGGCCGGGGGUAGGAUUGGGCCUGGGCCGGCUCUGAGGGGCGGGAGCUGGGCCUCCAGCUCGGCCUGAGGGCCGGGCCGGGUCAUUAAGGCCCAGAGCCACCGUGGACCUCCCUGGGGCGGGCAGGGCCGAGCCGUGGGCACGCCGGAGAGCGGAGUCCUGAAGGAACGGGUGGACGGAGGGGUGGGGUACCGUGUGAAGACGUGUGGCCGCCAGCCCUCGAGGCUUCCUUUCGACCCUUCGGCACCCCGGGCUUCGCGGGGGCCCUGGCCGUGCCCGGUUUCCACGGUUUGGUGACCUCCCACCGCCCCCCGCCCGUCCUCUUCCCUCUGCCCUCCUCACCGGGGCAGGGUCACGGCGGGGGGCGGUUCCAGGACCCAGGUGCCCCCGCAGGGACAAUAAAGUGGUCUGGGGCUCCGGGUCGUACCGCCGGA